AUGCCGCAGGUGACGCAAGCGGUUGCAGCAGACAUCACUGUAUGCACAACCAGUGGUCGGAUUUCUGGAGCCGUUGAACCGACAUGGGGCAUACCGAUCGCCCGCUUCCUCGGCAUUCCGUACGCCAAACCUCCGUUAGGUCCACUUCGGUAUCGACCGCCUGAACCAGCUACACCGUGGCAAGGAGUUCUAGAAACUAAAGAGUUUCGUGCUGCAUGCGCUCAAGCCAACGGAUCCUUUCCGCCAGGCGCUCCCUGGCUUGUAGACAAGAGAAUCGUGAGUGAAGAUUGCUUGUUUCUGAACAUCUGGGCCCCACGGACGCGCACCAAGAGGAAAUCAAUUGUGAUAUGGAUCCACGGCGGUGGCUUCCGUACUGGUACGCCAUCGACGGAGCUGUACGACGGAAAGUUGUUGGCAGCUGUCGGAGACAUUAUAGUAGUAAGCGUGGCGUAUCGUCUUGGCAGUUUGGGUUUUCUCCACACUGGGGAGGACAGUUCACCCGGAAAUUAUGGCCUGUUAGACCAGGAGCUAGCUAUUCACUGGAUACGGUACAAUGCAGAAGUAUUUGGAGGUGACAGGUCUUCAAUAACCUUAUACGGCGAAAGCGCAGGCUCUGCCGCCGUAGGUCUUCAUCUUCUGGCGACACGAAAUGCAGGGAUUGUACGUCGUGCCAUUAUGGCAAGCUGGAGUCCUUACGGGCUAAUACCACCACAGGACGAAAUUGGACGCCAGUUGGCCACAACGCUGGCGAAAGCCGUCGGAUGCGAGGUGGACGGGGACGAUUGGAUCAAGGUCGUGUCAUGCUUACGGUCAGCUUCAAUUGAAGCCAUUUUACGAGCAGAAGACACACAAUACCCUCAAGAUUCCGUUACUUUCACGCCGUCGUACGGCCACAGCUACCUACCACUUUCAUUUCAGGAAACACUUCAGGACCCCAAUCUUGUACCUAUUGAUGCCUUAUUGAUCGGCUUAACUGCACAUGAAGGGAGCAUAUUCCUGUACGCCAAAGACCCGGAACGUUUCAACAUGAACAAUGAACCUGAAGGAUUGACCUACUCUGAGGCACUCGCGUUGCUUGCCUGCCCCUUCUAUCCUCGCUUGCCAAAAGCUUUGCAAAAUGCCACCACCGGCAUUUUUAAGGCUAACGUCCAGCACGGAGAAGGAAUCCUUCAGUCGCUGAUGAACGCUGUUGGUGACCUCAUGGUUACGUGUCCAACAGAGUUUUUUGCGGAAGCAUACGCAAAACUAAGCUGCCCAGUCUACUUCUAUGUGUUCGACCACCGGUCAGUGAAAAGUCGCUUGCCUCCGUGGAUGGGCACAGCGCACUUCACCGAGCUCGAAUACACCUUCGGUAUGCCGUUUCGGUUUCCAGAGCGCUACACAGAGCUGGAUCGGGAGCAGAGUAUGCUAAUGAUGAAGCUUUUCACGCACUUCAUCAACACAGGAAGGCCGAUCUUACCAGAUGGCUCCGAAUGGCCCACUUACACCAAGGAAGACCCUUAUCAUAAGUCCUCAGCCGGCAUUACAGAGGUAUCUCAGGACAUUCAGCCGAGACUCAGCUCUACCUCUCAGACUGCGAACCUCCGCUCUCCAGGACAGACAGCGGUCAAGAACCACACUAAGAAACUUAUGGUGUGUAACACGCCGCACGACAUGCCCACUUAUAUGAAGCUGAAAGUUCUUCAAAUGACGGCGAGUGAACGGCAAAAAUACAAUCUUCUCAUGAGAGAGGUCCAUGCCUCUGUUUACCAGGAAAGCAGCAACAACAUCAAGGGCACACUGUAA